AUGCCAAAAACAUCUAAUGGUCAGCACCUCUACAUCACAGGCAUGAGGAAUCUUCAAGAGCUAGCGUACGAAUAUGAGGAUGAGGAUGAAAAGCCUAUCGUUCGGGAGACUCGUCCCAAGACUUCAUUUCAAAAUAUUAUGGCUCAGGCUAGGACCUGUCGCGAUAUGGUCACGGAAGACAGGAAGAGGUCAAACACAGCAGAAGGGAAAAGAUCAGAAGGAUCAGAUGUACGGGCGGAUACUCCAAGGUCACGGAUGCAGGCCAGUAUACCUGGUGCGAUCGGAUCGAGUCGUGCUCAGAAGGCCCCACGAGAGAACGACCAGUACCACCCGGAGGACCCCCUCCUCGAGCGCCAUCCAUUCGCAGUCAAUAAUACCAACCAUCUGCAAUCCAAACGGGACCAAUACUCUUCAGUACCAUUGUGUAAACACUUGGAGUUAUUUCUAGACUGGAACAUGGACGACCCCGACAAUCGAAAAGGCUCAUGGAUUCUGAACAUUGAAAAAUACGAGGAGCCCUCACCUUGGGCAGAGCAUCAACAUUGCGCUGGCGUAGAUGUCACUAAGAUGGCUGAUGCCUUGGCGAUGAGGAUAAUCAAGAAAUUCACUCGACUAGACAAUGAGCGAGUGAGCCGAGACUUCGACCGCGGAAUAUCGUGUCGACGACCUCCGGCGAAGCAGCGCUUGACACGCGAGCUAUGCAACAUGUACUCUCAGAUUCACCGUGGCAAGGAGAGCAAGUUUGUCGAUGAAAAAGAAGCGCUUCGCGAGAGCCUUAAUGCGGCUGAGCGGCGCAGAGAGCUGGCUGAGAAAUCGUUGCUGCGAGCUCAGAAGCCCCGUCAAAGCAGCGGCGCCGCAAAGCCUGUCAACAACGAUGUAUCGGAAGGUCGCAACAAGUCUUCUUCAGCUUCAGUCUCAGGCUCAUCUCCUUCUACAAGGAAGCGUAAAACCCCGAAGCAGAUUGCAGAAGAGAAGGUAGCUCGGAACCGGAAGCGCAAGGGGUUGAGCGAGAUUGCUAGAAUUUCCCCUGAGCCUGUCGACCGUUUCAAGCCGACCACGGUAGAUGAACGAGACGCCCGAUUGACUGGUGUUGCUCAGCAGGUUCGACAUGGACGCGCACAGCUCGUAGUUCAGAAGCGGAAGUUGAGUGAAACGGAGGAUGAUACACCGUCUCAUGUCUUGCCUUCUUCACGACUGAUUAAGAAGGCAAAGAAGAACAGCGUUACGAAAGAAGUUGUAUAG